UCUCAUUUGAUUGUCAGUGAAACCACUAGAUGGAGACAAACUCAGUGACUACCAGAGAAUAACCUCAGUCAGGCCAAUUUUCAGCAGGUGAAGGGUGUUUGCUGCCCAUCAUGUUUAGGUAGCCAUCAUCUGGCCCGCAAACACGCACAAACAUUUACGCACGACUGCAAAAGCUGGAAAUCCGCGUGGUGCCAUAUUGAAGGGAAAUUUAGAGCUGAAUGUUUGGAGAGGUCACGUGUUGUUUGGCGUCACCUAAAGAAAACGCCGGGUGUCACCUGAAACUGAAGAAUAAUAUCUUUUCAGAGUCAGCUUGGAGCCAGCAGUCUGCCAGAAGUUAAGGACCGACUCCUGUGACCUCCCUCCCCCCUCUCAGCGCUCCUGUCCGAACUCCACAGGCCGAUCUCCCCCCGGGCUGAUCAUCAGCAUGACAAAGCACUGGCCGGAGCAGAGUCUCUUGGCACCACCCGCUCUGUCCCACCACAUCGGAGAGCACCACGACCAUCAACUUGACUUCCACAGAAAUGCACAGAAGAGUCUUCCUAUCACCAGCGGUGUGACGUGGAACUCGCAGGCCCAACAUUGGUCUCUCCACCCGGCUCAGAUGGUUCCCCAGCAGCCGCCGCGCUUGGAGAAGCUCACUGCGCUCCCGGAACAUCUCACCAGUGCCACGGCGUUCAUGGAUAAAAGCGUGCCACAGGGUGCGUCAUUCGCGAAUGCGCAAGAUGCCCACUUCAAACAGGAAACCAUUAACAGAGACUCGUGGAACAACGAAAGGAAGAAAAGUAGGAGCAGUGAUGCGAAGAAAAAGAACUAUCAGCGGUACCCCAAACCACCGUACUCAUAUCUGGCUAUGAUCGCUAUGGUCAUUCAAAGGUCCCCGGAGAAGAAACUGACAUUAUCUGAGAUCCUGAAGGAGAUCAGUACCCUCUUCCCAUUUUUUAAAGGGAACUACAAGGGCUGGCGGGAUUCAGUGCGACACAACCUCUCUUCUUAUGACUGCUUUGUUAAGGUGCUGAAGGACCCCGGCAAACCUCAGGGCAAAGGCAAUUUCUGGGCAGUGGAGCUGAGCUGUGUUCCUCUGGAGCUCCUCAAGAGGCAGAACACGGCCGUGUCGCGCCAGGAUGAGACAAUCUUUGCCCAGGAUCUGGCUCCCUACAUCCUACAGGGACACAAGCCAGAAUCUGAGCCGACUCCUGACCCUGUGACCUCCAUCCUUCCCAUGCGCUCCAGAAACCCCACCCCACCACAGGAGGACUUGUUCCGCCCAAAGCUGGACUCGUCUUUCGCCAUCGACUCCCUGCUUCACAGCCUCAGACCGACUAGUGCUUCUGGGGAUGUGGAUGUGCCUACCAGGGACUGCUGGGGUGACGUGGAGCGCCCUCGGCCUUCUCCUCCACGACCCCGCUAUGCAUCCUCUGCCCGUAGUGCCUCUGCCAGCUCUGCCAGCCCAGCUUCGACCUCUUCCUCAUCCUCUGAUGAGGAAUGGAAGGGACUGUCCUUGUCUGGGAAGCGUGUUCCCCCAGAUGGAGAAGCAGGGUCGGAUGGGUAUGAGGACUAUAGGCCACCGCUGCACAAAUCAGCCAGAAGGGAGACUGUGGCACCACCAUGGGAGCUCCCUACAUCCUACGCCAAAUACGCUCCUCCCAAUGCUGUUGCUCCACCCAGCAUGCGGUUCAACGGCGGUCCUCUAAUGCCGCUGCAUGGCGGACUCCCCAUUUAUAGCUACGGUAGCUCCCCUGUUGCACCUGGUCACUUCUUAAGUCACGCAUAUUGGCCCAUCCUGCCCAAUGGGUGCGUUUCAGUCCAAGCCCCUCCCCGCAUCAUGGAUCUGGACAAUAUGUUGCAGUCAGUGCCUCCAAAUAAAAGCGUGUUUGACGUCCUGGUACCGACCAAUCAGAACUCUCACUCACAUCAUCAACCACCGAGUCAGUACACCCUGCAGAAUGGGCCUCCUUUAAACCGAUACCCACAGUACUGACUGACUGAAAAACUGCCUCUCAAACGCAGAUCAUGCAAACAUGCACGGACGCUAAAUCACUGUGACGUGACCAUAAGUGCUGCGACUUAGUCUCAAUCAUUACAUACAGCUUGAGCAACGUUGGCUAAUAUGCAAGGGCAUUAAACUGCAGACAGAGCUAUUGUUUGAUUCAUGUUUUAGUCAAGUUGAAAAGUCAGUGUUUUAUUGACAUUUUUUCAAGCUCAAUAUUUUUGAAAGAAAUAUCUUAAUCUGUGUAUUAUUUUACAAUUUGGAGCAAAACUACCUCAAAUACUAUACAACAAAACAACUAUCUACCUCAGGUCUCUGCUCUUUGCACUGCCGAUGUUAUUUGCACUGUGUAUUUUUUUAUUGGCAUGACUUUUCUUACGGGAAUUGCAUUUGAAUGUUGUCUCACAUAUUGUGACUGCUGAAUGUAUUGUUGGAUUUUAUCUUGGGUUUUACAAUCAUGUGAAAUUCUAACAAUGACGGGCUGGACUGCAAAACUGUGCAACAAGCGCAUCUCUCAGUUUAUCUUGCAAGUAUUUUAAACAGAAUAUCGUAAAAACUCAAUAAUGUCAUUUUUGUUUCUGUCCCACACUAUGUCUUUCUUUGCUCAGAUGCCCAAAUAUACACUACAAGUUUACUAUGUGGUUAUCCUCGUCUUAAAUUGAUCCUGUGCAGCUACAAUAUAUUAACGUUAUUGACAGUGGUGCUGCAAUUUAGCUCUAAAAUUGUCUUCUUCAUUUCGGUGUUUACUGACAUGUUUCUGUUGUUGUUUGAGAUACUUUAACAUAAAGUUUAACAUCAGAAAACAUCAUUUUAGAUUCUAGACGAUCUGGGAAAGCUGCUGCCGUCUUCCCAUGACCCUGCAGACCAUCUUCUGACCGGGAUCGUGAUUCCUGUGGAUUUUACACAGCCGGUUAUUUGCACUAUUUAAAUGUCAUGAUCAUCUUCCGAAGGAGAUCGCUUAUAAAUGUCUGCCUGUACCUCGACAGCUAAAUGUUUUGUCAGUUUCCUGCCAUUUUUUUCCUGUGGUCUCUUGUUGUACAGUGCUGAGGUGAAAGGUCAGCCCAGAGAUUUGAGAGUCAAAAGAAUGUAAUGGAGUUCAACAGGGUAUGUAAUAAAAUGCUGUUUAUUUUAA